AUGUCUCAAUUCUCUGACGCUGGCCCCUCUUCCCAAUAUGAAGGUGAUACAGAUAAUCUCUCCUUUCCUCGGUCUGACGAUGCCUAUCUCAUUGCCACUGGGCGGCCAAACAGUCAGCAAACAAUCGUUUCAGUCUCAGGUUCACCCUUCCUUCGACCACCACCACCUUCGAUUCCUCAGUGCCUUGAGCACGUUGGCCCCAGACGAACAAAGAACUUCAUUCUUUAUUCAAUCAUGAACAAGGUGGACUUUAUGGAGUGGUGGCUCCAGACAAUGGCGGCAGCUGAGAGAGAUAAUGCGCCGAAAGUCGAUCCUAGACGCAAAUUUGAGUGGGAUGGAACCAGAAAGCACUCGACAAGCUGGGAAAAUUUGGAUCAGGUGGCACAUAUUUCCACGGCCUCCAGUCAAAAAGGCCAGCAAGCAAAACUACGUCAGCUUUUCAAGAAACCGGACUCUCAUACUCGCAGUGAGGCUGAGAACUUCACCAAAGAGCAGUGGGAGCAGCAGAUUAUCCGAACAGUCACUGUACUCCGGCUUCCGUUCCAAGUUGUCGAAAAUCCAGAACUACAAAUGCUUUGCCGCCUAGCUCGGGCAGCACCAUCAACCCCAGAAUUUCCUUCAGCGAGAACUGUUCAACGUCGGCUACAGGAAUCCGUGAAUCAGACGAACCAAAUAGUCCUUGAAAAGCUUCCUCCAACUGCGAAGCUUUCUAUUGCAUUGGACUGCUGGACUUCACCAUUUCAACAAGCAUUUAUGGCUAUCACUGGCUACUUCAUCGAUCAAGGCUGGAACUAUCGUGAAAUUCUUCUUGGGUUUGAGCCACUGCAUGGAACACACUCAGGGGCAAAUCUUAGCACUGUUCUUCUCGAAAGGCUUCAACAUCACAAGAUUGAGGGUCGAGUAUUGGCUAUCACAACAGACAAUGCAUCAAACAACAAAACCUUGCUGAAGAAAAUACAAGAGUCUUUAUCAGCCCUCGAGCUUCAUGAUCAGUUGUCUAUCAUCCGGAUUCCAUGCCUCGCUCAUGUUAUCCAGCUGAGCCUGAAGAAACUCCUUGGCGAAAUGAAAGCCAAUCCAAUAAACAAGGAUCAUAAAAGGGAAUGGCCUGAAGCGCAAACCGAAGCCCUUCGUGCUGACCGACGACGCAAGGAGAUUUCCGGUACCCUGAAUAGGGUCCGUGGCCUCGCUAUCUACAUCAAUGGAAGCCCUCAACGCCGGGAAGCAUUCCUUAGUCUUCAGACUAAACCACCCAAGCUGGUUCCUAUUCAAGAUGUCAGAACUCGCUGGAACUCGACCUACCUGAUGCUCCGCCGUAUUAAGAAAUUGCAGCCAGUGAUUGAUAAAUACUGCACGGAGUAUAAUCUCAGGGACUACGAGUUAGACAAGGAAGAGUGGCAACAAAUUGAUUAUCUUGUUUACAUCACACUGCCUUUCUAUGAGUUUACAACUGCUCUCUGCCAGACUAAGGAUGCCACUGUCCAUGGUGUCUUUGCUAUCUACCACCGCCUUUUUGAACACCUUGACGAUUCAAUCAGUCUGCUUCAGCGGAAAAAGGUUCACUGGAAACGAUCGAUGUUGACUGCCCUGCAAGCGGCAAGGGAAAAAUUAGAGGAUUAUUAUGGCAAGACGAGUGGGGAUCAUGGCAACCUUUACGCGAUGGGUACGAUUCUUGCGCCACAAUACAAGCUACAAUUCUUCACACAGCAGGAAUGGUCAGAUAAUGACUAUGAAUGGCGAGACAAAUAUCAUCAACACCUCAAAAAUUACCUUGAACCCUACAAGCAACGUCUUUCUGAUCUUCAAUCCCCAAGAGCGCAGACACGAGUAUCGAGGUUUCACCAAAUCCUAACACAACCACGGUCUGAAAAUCCAAACUCGAUAUCAAACUAUCAGGAUGAGCUUCAACGGUUUUUACAGAGAGAACCGACUAAUAUUGAGCCUCUUCUAUUCUGGAAGGAUAAUCAACAUGAAUUUCCAGUACUAGCAAGUGUUGCACGGGAUAUUCUCUCUAUCCCUGCUACUGGUGCUGGUGUUGAGCGACUGAUUAACUCUGCUCGGGAUAUCUGUCACUAUCGUCGAGGCUCGCUCAAAGCAACAACAAUCCAGGACCUUAUGAUGCACAUGUGCACUACAAGGUUAGAUAUUGAGGAGGGACAACUUGGGCUUGCUAAGGAGUUCUGGAGCAAUGAAGAGAUCGACCUAGCAGAGGAAGAAAAGGAUAUCCCUCAAGAUGAUCCUAUUGCUCUUAUCAGUGACGAUGAGGAAGAUGAUUCAGCAUCUACCCAGUAUCAGGUCACUAUUGAGAAAUUUAGCCAGCGCACCCUUAGCAAGAGGCGACGAAGUAUUGUGCCUAGUGCGUCGGAUUCUGAGAAGGGGAACAUGGAUGUUCAGGAACGACCUAGUGAUGGAGAAGAUGACGAUGACGGUGAUAUUCCGUUGCCUCCUAUUACCCAGAGGCGUACAUCAGGGAGGAUGCCGAAGCGAGCAAGACGGGACGAAGAGCUUUUUGUGUAUUAUGACCCUAGAUAA